GGCUAUGGUGACGUACCCCGUCUCAUUUCAGAUUGCGUCGAAUAUCUCACCGCCAAUGCCCUGGACGAAGUGGGCAUCUUUCGUUUGCCCGGCAGCGCCGUUCGCAUUCGUGAGCUGAAGCACGCCUACGCGACUGGACAACACCCCGACUUGAACGAGAGCGAUGUGCACUCAGUGGCCUCACUCCUCAAGCUCUACUUUCGUGAGCUUCCCGAGCCUUUGAUGACUCGCUCCCUUCGAAGCAAUUUUCUCAACGCAACACGCUUCUACAAGGCCAGUGCUGAUCAGGAUAUCAGCAGCAUUCAACGCGUCAUCCCCCAAAUGCCAGCCCACAACGCCGUUCUGCUUCGCUAUCUCUGUGCUUUCUUGGCCAAGGUCGUGGAGCAUGCCGAUGAGAACAAGAUGACCUUGGCCAAUGUUGCCACGGUCUUCGCACCCAAUGUUCUUGACUCUGGCGUAAGCUUUUGGCAACACACACACACACACACACACACACACACACACACACACACACACACACACACACACACACACACACACACCCGUUGGCUAGCUGGCUAG